UCUCUGACCAUGUUGAGACUCUCUUUUCUCAUUCUUUCAUUCUGACUUACUCUUUUUCCUCUCAUUUACAACUGCAUCUGAAUAGAUCUUCUGACAGUAGAUCUUGCCAUGGGGUGCGGACUACGAAAGCUAGAAGACCCAGAUGAUAGCAGCCCUGGAAAAAUAUUUUCUACGUUGAAGAGACCACAAGUGGAAACAAAGACUGACUCUGCUUAUGAAUAUGUAUUGCUGGAUUUUACUUUAGAAGUGUCCUCGAAUCCAGAAGUUAUCAAGAUCAGUUCUGUGUUGGAUAUAGCAACAAAAGUGGAAGAAUAUUACAUCAAAGGAUAUGUUGUAGGAGCAAUUCAUCCUAUUACAUUACCUUUUGGGCGAAGAAAGCACUUUCCUGCAAGUUAUUUGUAUCGAGUGGUACUAUCACGACUCAAAUUAAGCCCAAAACAUACAGCACCCAGAAGACAAAGACACCCCAGGCUUGUGAUUGAGGAAUGUCCUUUAAAGUAUGAAACACUGACAAAUGAGGUAGUGAAAGGAUUGUUAGAAAAGGUCAAUGAAGCUGCUAAAAGAGGGAAGAAGUUUGUUGGAUUUAUAACACAGCAUUUUGCUCAACCUAAAUUCUGUAAUGGCACAAACACAGAUGGAAAUGUGGACUCUGAAUCAGCACUAAGUAUAAGUAGUAGAGAGCACAGGAAAUACAAUUAUGACGAAAACUAUAAAAACUGGAAUGAAGGGACUUUGAGUGGUCAGUCAUCUGAGAGUGGAAUAGAGGAAGAAAUUCAGCCAGAAAGGGGACAGUUACAGGAUGCUGAUUUCCCCAGCCCUACUAAACCAAGAAAAGGAGAAGAUAAUAAAUUAUAUACAGUCUUCAAUGUUUUUGAUGAUGACUCAAUCUGCUGGACCUAUCAUGAGGGCAUCUUGUCUAUGAAAAUAACAAGAAAAGGGACAGUCAUUAGUACUCUGGAUGCAGAUUGGCUAGAACUAACCACAUUUUAUUAUAAACAAGGAUUGUCAUUAAUUGAUUCUUUUGUAUCCUGGGACACUUCUAAAGGAGACCACAUGCCCAAAUCUUUAGAAGGAUUAUUUAUAUAUGAAGAAGAAGGUUCAGGAGUUCCUGGUUCUAACAGGAAAGCAAAUGACACAAUAGUUGUAGAACAAUGGACUGUCAUUGAGGGAUGUGAAAUUAAAACAGAUUAUGGACCUUUACUGCACACACUGGCUGAGUUUGGAUGGCUUCUUACAUGUGUACUGCCUACACCGAUCAUCCGACAUGACAGUGAAGGAAAUCUGGCCACAAAGCAAGUUGUUUUCCUUCAGAGACCUGUUAUGUGGAAUUCAACUACCCAGACUCCAGAGAAAAAAUCCACAAAGCAGCUCAGAAGUGACGAGAAAGGCAAAGUCUCUAGCAGAAGUAUUGGGUUAGACACAGCUAUGUCUGCAGAAAGUGGGCAUCCACCUGAUGAGUUUCAUCUGUCUCCUUCUAAACGAUGUUGGAUCAAGGAGGGAUCUGCCCAAUAUGAAAACUUCUCAGGAUUCAAUAGCAGCGAUAGUGUGUUAAGGGAAAUGGAUGAUGGACAGUUUGAGCAGGAAGAUGGAGCCACUCAGGUCACGUGUAUGUGACCAAGUAAGUAACUGUAUUGGAGGGAACUGUAAAUAAUUUAAACAAGUGUAAAGACUGAAGUUACUACAUUACUUUAUAUGCAUUUGUAUAAUCCUUUGGUUUUCCCAGACUCAUGUUUAUAUAUCUUUUGCUACUUUCUAGAGUUAUACAGUUAGCAAAUAAUACUACUACUGUAAAAUACCUUGGGUUUAUGUCUGUUCUUAAUGGAAUAUUGCAUUUCUAGAACUCUGCUUAUUUCAUUAGUCAUAUUCUCAAUGAUGCUUAUAAACAACAGGGAAGAAAACUUGGCAGAUCAGAUAUGGCAUGUGGUCUAAGAGACAGUGGAAAACAUUAUGCUUUCCACAAUUAGAGGGAAAUGGUAUUUUUCUAAAAGAGUAUCACAAAUGUUGGAGGAUUUAAAAAAACUAACUAUAAAGUACUUGACUGUCCUUUUAAGUUUUAAUUGCAAUUUUCAGUUUAUUUGCUGUGCCUAAAUCCAGAACCUGUUAAACCUAGAAAUGUCAGUGCUGCACUUCAGUCUCAAUGAGAGUACUGUAGCAGGAUGUACCUAACACACAAAGCUACAUUCCAGUUUGCAUAUGUGCACACUGUUAAAACCAAGAGCAAUGGGAGUGUGUGGGCUGGAUGUUUUCUGCCCUCAUUCAGUUACAUCUAAAAGAAAGGAGCUGUCAGGGACAAUCCAAAACUAAGACAAAGGGCCUCAUAGGACAUAGUCAGCACAACUAACUAUUACCUUACCAAUCAAUGGAAACAGAUCAUUUGGAAGGCUAUGCAAAGAGUGUUACCAGUAAGAUUAUGGGUGCACAGUAACACUGCUUGUAUGUAGCUCUGUUUUGGGGGCAGUCAUGUGGAAAGGCAAAAUUAGACCCAUCGGAUCAUAUAUGAAAACAUAAAAGCUAUGUCUCAACUGAAUACAUAUAUCAGUGUGUAUAAAAUGUAUUCACCUGUUCAUAGAGUUCCUGGCUGGAAGAGACUUGCUUGCAGAUGUAAUUAUGAAAACUAUUCUAGAUCAGCAUCUUCAAGGAGAGUAGCUCAAGAGGCCUGAGUACUGAGAAACCCUAACACUGACAUAGGUGUGUUGGAAGAAGUGUUAAUAGUGAUUUUCUGCAGCUGUAUUGCAAUA